UCAUGCUGCUGCCAGGUCCAGAGUCUCUCAUGGGUCCCUGUACGGCCUCCCAUUGCUGCUGUCUCCAUCGCCACACUCUGCCAUGUGCCACUUUCAGGUCUCCUCACACUGCUGGUGGGUUCCAUUUUGUCAUAGGGUGCUGGCAGAUUACGGGCCUCCCAUUGCUGCUGCCAGGCCCGUAAUCUGCCAUGGGCCCCUGUACUGCCUCUUAAUGCUGCUGCCAGGUCCAGAGUGUGUCAUGGGUCCCUGUACGGCCUCCCAUUGCUGCUGUCUCCAUCGCCACACUCUGCCAUGUGCCACUUUCAGGUCUCCUCACACUGCUGGUGGGUUCCAUUUU